AUCAACUACUAUUCAUUUCUUCAUAAAGAUUUAUUAGUAAUGCACUUCGGAAACGAUGAUUAUUUAUCAGACGGUAGCAACGACAGUUUUUUCGAGGAUCCAAAAAUCCUAACGAGGAGGCCCAGCAAUUCAAAGACACCGGAGAAAAAAGUAUCCGACUUGUUUAACCUGGCAGAUGAAAAGGACGAUAUUUUUUCCAGUCUGGACGCCACAAUAAAAAAUGCACCGACGCAAAAGAAAAAGCAGAUCAACUUCGCUGAUGACGACGAAGAAAUUUUGGCCGCCAUAGGAUUCGAAAAGAAAAAACCGCCGGUGAAAGAGGCCACCAAAAAAUCGGACCUGUUAGAAAGUAUUUUGGCCCCAAAACAGGACGACAAAAAAACGUUUUCUUUCGAGGACAUUUUAAAAGAGAGCAAAGCCAAAAAGGAGGAACCCAAACCCGAAACUGUAAUUGCAAAACCGAUAGAUAAACCUAACCAGUUUAUUUUAUCCGAAGCGGCGAGAGAAGGUAGACGCACAAGGCGUUUGUCUACCAGUUUAGCUGAUCCUUUAGGUCUGUUCGACGCUACCGAAAAACCAAAGGCUGAAACCACGCCUAAAGAAUCCGAAGUAAAUGUACAAGUAGAGUUAAAAAAGGAGUCUUCCAAAACUACUUCAAAUGUUUCAGAUCUUCCGGAUUGGUUGGGAGGUGGUUCUUCCAAAGCUUCCAAAUCAGAACAGACAGUUUUACUGAAUACGAACGAUGUACCAAUACAAAAGACCGUUGUUGAGAAAGUGCCUGAAGCAGAGCAAAAAACGGUAGAAAAUGUAAUAGAUUUAAAAUCUAUUGAAAGUAACGAACUGUUCACUACAUUUUUACAAGGGCAAAAACUGUCUCAAUCUGACAUAGAAGUACAAAGCACUUUUUUAUCUUUGCAGCAGCAAGAAUCGCAAUUAUUGAUUGCAUUGCAACUGAAGAAAUAUGAGGAAAAUCUAACAGAAAUCCAGAGACAGCAACAAGAAGUUUUGAUGAAACAAGAAAAACAAUUCAAUAUAAUUUUAGAUAAUUAUUUAAGUAAACAAAAGGACAUGGAGAAGAAUAUGAGAUUACAACAGGAACGCAUAAACAACCAUAUGCAAAUGUUAAUUUCCAACGUUCCCAUCCAUAAAACCAUCGAAAACGAAACUCAGGAACAAGAAAUGAAAGUUGCUGUGGAGGAAGAGAUGAAGGCUCACGAGAAAAUUAUUGAAUCUUUGAAAACUAGACACCAUGAAGAAAUGUUUAUAAUGGAGGAAUCUUACAAAAAACAAAUAUCCUUAUUGGAAACUUCUAUAGAAAAAUACGAGGAAAUGUUCAAAGACGACAUGAAACAACUAACAGAAAUGUAUGAAGAAAAAAUUACAAGGAUGAAAGAAGCACAUGCAGUUGAAUUGAAUACUUACGAAGAAAAAUUUAGGAAACUACAAGAUGAUCAUAAGCAAGAAAUGGCAAAAAUAAAAGAUAAUUAUCUAAGAACAAUCGAAGAUAUUAAAAGUGAGCACAACUUUCAACUUGAAACAUUAAAACAACUGCGGGAUUACGAGGCAAAUGUCAAUAAAGAUGGCAAUGUUUAUUCCCAAAAACUGGACUACAGCAUUAGCAUGUUAAACACGAACAGUCAAGUUAUGCAAAACUUGCAGGAGAACAUGCAAGAAAAAUUUAGUGUUCUGUCGAGCGCCAGGGAAGCUUCCUUGGCUGCUAAAGAAAAGGAAUUAACUAUGAUGAAAGAAGCCUUGGAAAAAUGUAGAGAAAGUGCGGAACUAGAACGAUCCCAGUUGCUAGGUAUAGUCCGUAAUUUGGAAAUAAAAAUUGCUGAGCAAAGUAGCGCUUCAAGGGAAGAACGAUGGGCAUUACAACAAGCCUCAUCGACGCUUGCUGCAAGGGCCGCAGCUUUGGACCGAGAGUUCGAAUUCAAUAAAACUUCAGUGGAAAGAGAACGCGAACAAAUAAAAGUAUUGAAGGAAGCAUUGCUGGCGGAACAAGAACGAACGAUCCUCCAACUCAACGAAGAAAAGCUGGCCAUCGCGUCGGAACGGUCCCGGCUAGAAACAUCAGCAAAACUACACUCAAACUUCGACGCCCAAAGGACCAGAGCCGAAAUCGAGGCCGCUAUUCAAGUGGCGAAAGAAUCGGCCGAAAUGACCGACCGUGAACGUGCCAAUUUGCAGAGACAACACAUCGAACUGGAGAAAUUGAAACGCACCCUCGUGUACCGCGAAAGAAUGAUGGAGGAGAAGGAGCGCGAACUCCAGUCGUUGCAGAAUGAGGCCGAGCGUAAGAUCCAAGAUGCCGAGGCUGCGGUUAAAGAAAGCAAGGCGACGGAAAUGCGAUGCAAGGAACAGAUGAGGAGUUUGCAACUGCAGCUGAAUUCGUUGGGGAUGAGGGAAAAAAAACUGUCGGAGGAUAAGAUUGCUUUAUCCAAAGAACGGCUGGUGUUUUACACGAACGCUAAGCAGAGAAAGCGGUGCCGUCUUUGCGAAGUCGACAGUAACUUGAAUGUUGACUCGAAUCAUGAGCCUGAAAUAUUAAAUGUGUUUGAUGACGACUUCAGUAGGGUGAGGUUUGAUAUGACGGAAGAGGAGAGAAACAGCGAAGUCAGUAGGGAAAUUAGUAAAGAAGAUUUGUUACAUAAUAAUUGAUGUUUGAAAUAUAAAAACCUUUUUGUAUUUUUAUAAAUAUCAAUAAAUGUUUAACAAUAAA